UCCGAUUCUAUAUAAAACGGACUUAAAUCAACAGGAGUGCUUCAGUAUCGAAUAUGCAUUAAUUAUAAGGAGAGCUAUUUAUACUGUAGCUUGACUUUUUUGCCAGCAGUUGUGAUUACAUAAGGAUCUAUCUUUCUUUUAUAUAUUUUCGCAGCUUUGAUUUUCAGUAUCAGCUUUAUAUUGACAAGAGGCAACUCUUAAACAACUUUCUUCAACAUCUACUUUGAAUGAACGGAGACAGUUCAACGCCGUUUUUGCAGUGAAUAAUUAUAAUUAACAAUGAUACAGCCAACCUAAGGUAGCUCCUGUUGUCAACUUCUCUUAACGGAUGUACGCCCACAACGCAUCUUAAUUAAUCUAUCUAAGUUUAUAGACACGACUUUAAAGGGUUCAGUAUCAAGGUGUUAUCAACGAAUGCAGUUCUAACAUAAUAUUUAAGGUUGACCUAUUCUAUUUUAUUACUACGGUAUGUUUUAUUGUCAGUUGGUAUGAGCACGGGACGUUCUGCAUGUAUUACUUGAGGCUCAACCCUGACACAGUGUAAACAGUUUCAAAAUUGAUGGUUAGGUAUAGGGUUAUAAAUCUUAUACAACUUCGGCGUAGUAUUGUUACCACAUUUAAACAAUGAAGAUCGACACGAUGGGCUGCUAUGUGACACUGUUCGUAGUUUUAGUCAGCGCCAUACAUGUGUCACGUGGUUUGCCUGCCAUUGCAGCUCAGAUGUGCAGUGACGUAUUAGGUUUGGAUUGUUCAACCGACUAUAUCGUUCACGGAGAGGAGGUUUUGUGCGGGACGGACGGAGUAACCUACCAAAACAAGUGUUUUCACGUGCAGGCACAGUGCAAUGACGUCACAAUCAACAAAGCUUAUGAUGGCAAAUGUAAGAAUGAUAUCACAACAAACGCCGAAAUAACCACGACCGCACUGGACACAACAUCGUCAAAGUCUUUAGAGGCGACAAAAACGACAACCAAGUACGAUUUCCAGUUAAAUGAACAAUUUUGUAAUUCAUCACUAGACGAACCAUGCCCAAUGGUACUGGACCCGCUUUGUGGAACUGACUUUAAGUUUUAUCAAAACGUGUGUGAAUUCCAGAAAGUAAAAUGUGUGAAUAGAGAUUUACAGCUACAGUCUUUAAGUAACUGCAAGGAUGGAAAACAGAGAUAAAAUCUCAUACGUGAUUAUAAAAGACUCAAAGGAUACUCUUCGUAUUCAAAAACCUACUAAAUACCAAAUAAAAUGAAAAUAAAACUAAA